CAGCAAGCCGCUUACCAAAAACAGUUCCUCGAAAGAAAGAAAAAAACAACAUGACGGCCGGGGGAGAGGAGACGGACGGAAAAACGCGAGCUUUUUUUCCAGCUCAAGUCAACCCACCAAACCCACGCGCCGCGGUGUCCCUCUUUCCCCUCCCGUCCGGCAUGAGAGAUCCGAAGCUCCCCGCGCCGGCGCCGGCGACGGCGAGGAGGUCGCCUCCCCCCAGCCUCGCCGGCACGCUCCGGAGGCACUCCGCGUGGCUGCUGCUCGCCUGGUUCGCGCUCUCCGUCUGCCUCUUCCUCUCCGCCGCCCCGCCGGCCGCCUCCCCGCUCCUCCGCCCCGCCGUCCUCCUCCGCAACACCAAGCCCCGCGCCCUCUCCGCCGCCAGAGCCCCCGUCCGGAUCCACGUGUACGACCUCCCCUCCCGCUUCAACCGCGACUGGGCGGCCGCCGACCCGCGGUGCGGCCGCCACCUCUUCGCGGCCGAGGUCGCGCUGCACCACGCGCUGCCGUCCGUCCGCCCCGAGGACGCCGACCUCUUCUUCGUCCCCGUCUACGUCUCCUGCAACUUCUCCACCCCCAACGGCUUCCCGUCCCUCUCGCACGCCCGGGGGCUGCUGGCCGACGCCGUCGCCCUCCUCCGCCGGGACAUGCCCUACUGGAACCGCUCCGCCGGCGCCGACCACGUCUUCGUCGCCUCCCACGACUUCGGCGCCUGCUUCCACCCCAUGGAGGAUGUGGCCAUCGCGGAUGGCAUACCGGAGUUCCUCAAGAGGUCAAUCCUUCUACAGACAUUUGGUGUACACGGCCCUCACGUGUGCCAGGAGGCAGAGCACGUGGUUAUCCCGCCACACGUGCCCCCGGAGGUGGCCCUCGAGCUACCGGAGCCGGAGAAGGCGCAAAGGGACAUCUUUGCCUUCUUCCGGGGCAAGAUGGAGGUCCAUCCCAAGAAUAUCAGUGGCCGCUUCUACAGCAAGAAAGUGAGGACUGAGCUACUACAUCAUUAUGGUCGUAAUAGCAAGUUCUACCUUAAGCGGAAGCGAUACGAUGACUACCGAUCAGAGAUGGCCCGUUCUCUGUUCUGCCUCUGCCCGCUGGGCUGGGCACCGUGGAGCCCUCGGCUCGUGGAAUCAGUCCUGCUCGGUUGUGUCCCUGUCAUAAUUGCCGAUAAUAUACGCCUGCCAUUCCCUUCUGUCCUUCGGUGGCCAGACAUCUCAUUACAGGUGGCCGAGAAGGAUGUCGCCAGUCUUGAGACGGUGCUAGACCAUGUGGUGGCAACAAACUUAAGUGUGAUACAGAAGAACUUGUGGGAUCCUGUGAAGCGGAAGGGGCUGGUGUUCAACCGACCAAUGCAAGAGGGAGAUGCCACAUGGCAAGUGUUGAGGGAGCUUGAAACUUUGCUAGACCGGUCUCAGAGCAGGAGUCAUGUCGGAUCAUGGAGGAGGUGAAGACCCGACGGCGAAGCAAACCGCCAAGGACCUUUUGGUGGUGGCUGACAUCUACUCUGCUGCAGCUUUGCAACAACAGCUGCAACUACAAUUUCUGCUGACCCAACAAAAUCGCUUGUUGAGCAUGAGCACUACCAGUAGCAUGGGUUUUUCUCUCCAGAAGUUCAGAAGAUCAGUUCCUCAUAUUCCAUCCCGAUUUUUGAUGGUGAACGGGAUGGUUUGCGAGUCGUGUAUAGUGUAACACAGAAGCAGUAAUGGGCUGACAAAGUGGCAAUCUCUGUACAGGAAAUUAAUUUUAUUCAUUUAGGUGCUUGCUUUUAUUGGUGUUGUGAAGAGGCUAAUAUCUUCCUGGAAAUGAAGGAAGAUUAAAGAUUGUAUUACAGAGGGGUGUCUGGAAAUAUUAUGGGGAUGUACCUAUAGAGUUGUUGGGUUGUCAUACUUCCAUGUACCAUAUGUCCAGUCUUGUUGUAUAGAUGAGGGUGCUUCUCUUUCAGUUAUGUUCAGGAAAAUGAAAAGGAUGGCUUCAGUUUCUGUCA